UCAUGGCUUCCUCCACCUACUUUAUGUUUAAGUUAUGCUUCACUAUCUUUUUGUUGAUACAUUAUGGUCAUCAAGUCUAUGCGCAGCUAUCGCCAGAUUUCUAUUCAACUUCAUGCCCCAAAGCCCCGUUUAUCAUUAAGUCUAUUGUUAUCUCUGCGGUAGCUACAGAGCUCCGAAUGGGUGCCUCUCUUCUCCGUCUCCAUUUCCAUGACUGCUUUGUUAACGGGUGUGAUGGGUCUUUACUGUUAGACAGCACGGCAAACUUCACAAGCGAGAAGUUAGCUAAGCCCAAUCUUAAUUCGCUGCGAGGAUUCGAGGUGGUGGACAAAAUCAAGUCCGAGCUAGAGAGAGUAUGUCCCGGGGUUGUUUCUUGUGCUGAUAUCCUUGCCAUUGUUGCUCGUGACGCCACGGUCGUUUUGGGUGGAGCACCAUGGAUAGUCUAUUUAGGAAGAAGAGAUUCAACCACGGCAAGCGCAAGUGCUGCAGACGUCCAACUCCCAUCCCCUUUCUCGAAUCUUAGUACUCUUAUAUCCGAUUUCAAAAAUAAAGGACUCACUCCCAAGGAUUUGGUGGCUCUUUCAGGGUCUCACACAAUAGGGAUGACAAGGUGCACAGUAUACAGAUCUCGGAUCUACAAUGACACCAACAUAAACAAGGGAUAUGCAGCAUCUUUGAAGAAGAUAUGUCCCAUCUCAGGUGAUGACAGCAAUCUCGCCCCUCUAGACACCACCACUCCUAAUAUCUUUGAUAGCGCUUAUUACACCAACUUGCUCAACUUCAAGGGCAUUCUACACUCAGAUCAAGCACUCUUCAAUGGUGGUAAUGGCCUCAUUGAUUAUCAAGUCAAAGCUUAUACUGCAAACUCUCUGUCUUUCCUCAAAGAUUUCGGUGACUCCAUGAUUAGGAUGGGAAACAUUAGCCCACUCACUGGCUCCAAUGGUGAGAUUAGGUCCAAUUGCAGGAAAGCUAAUUAAUUCAGGCUAAGAGACUCAGUUUUCUUUCAUUUUUCACUUUCAAUGUGGAUUGCUUCCUGGAAUCUUGAUGUACUUAAUAAUCAAACCCAAAUGGUUGAUUUGAUGUUUAAUAGUCCAAUAAAUACGAGAAAUUAAAUAAAAUUAUUUACCA